AUGACUUCUCCUCUUCCCUUUUUGGACUUGAGCUUAGCUUUGGUCGCCAUUACAUCUAAAUUUAUUUUAUUUAAAAAUAUCAUGGAUUCCAAAGCACAAAUGCUAGAUAUCGUUAACGACGACAUAAAGCUCCAUUGCAUUACUCAAGCAAUUUUUGCCGAGCACAAUCGAAGUGAUAACAACACAAUCGGAUUUGACCAAUUCUACAGCAUCAUCAAAGCAAUGAAUCGAAACACAAGCUACAGGCCGCCUCGUAAAGGCGAAGUCAGAGAAAUUUUCAAAGAAAUCGACACUGAUAAUGACGGCUUAAUCUCUUUUGAAGACUUCAAAAUCCUAAUUAGGCGCGUCCUUAUGUGUGCUUUAGAUAUUUAA